AUGGAAGAGACCAUCCGAGACGCAUCGAUGGGGCCAGAGCUGGACUCGAGCAGCGUACAGGCACAUACUGUGCCGCUGGCUUACCUGCCUCGCAUCAAGAUAUGCAUCUCGAGACCGUCUUUACCUGGAUCUAUUGUCCCAGGUAUUGAACAGCUCGUUCGUCACCACAUCCGUCCAGAGAUUCUACAUCUUCAUUCGUCUCCUACACCCAUCCCAGCCAGUGGGCUUUCUGGGAGAAAUGCGCGUUCAUCGGCCGCUUCAUCGCCUGCUCCGGUCUGGAACUGGAACGUCAGCUUUGUCGAGGCCACCUCAGCUGUGCUCAAGGGAGGCCAAUCUAGCGUAGAUCGUCUUACUUGGAGCUGCUCUACAUCUGGCGACACCUUUGCGCCUUGCUCUGAGUCCGAAGCCGUACAGCGAAUCGACACGCCGUUCAUCGUCACGGUGGUCUAUCACGUCGAAUCGCCGCAUCUUGCUUAUCGCGCUCUAGGCCACAUCCUGGGUGUAGCAAAAGACUGCCUUUCCCUACAUACCAGCAGUGACGACACCUCGAUGCUCCACCCAAGCCUCUUCGCCAACUCUUUAGGCUCCAAAACAGCUUCAGGGUACUUCCUCUCACCUGCCAUCGCAGACCGCAAACUCAACAUCACCGAGACCGCAGACUACGAAACCAUCGGCACCAUGAUCGACUGUUCGCGCAACGGCGUGCUCAACGUGCGCUCCACCAAGUAUCUUCUCCGCACUCUUGCAUUUCUCGGCUACAAUAUGCUGCAGCUCUACACUGAGGACACGUAUGAAAUCGACGGCGAGCCCUUCUUCGGCUACAUGCGCGGCGGAUACUCUCACGCCGAGCUGCGCGAGAUUGACGACUAUGCUGCGCUGUUCGGAAUCGAAGUGAUCCCGUGCAUUCAGACGCUGGGACAUUUGGGGCAGAUGCUGCAGUGGCCCAGAUAUCUCGGUCUGCGCGAUACCGCCGAAGUGCUGUUGCCAGAGUGGCCCGAGACAUACACGAUGCUCGAAAAGAUGAUCAAAGCCGCAACCGCACCUUUCCGCUCCAAGCGCAUUCACCUGGGUAUGGACGAGACGCAUGGACUGGGACAUGGACGAUACUACUCGAUAUAUGGCCACCAGAACAACAAGCCAGGCAGUCAGAUCUUUGUCGAGCACCUCGAAAAGGUGAAUGCGAUUUGCCAAUCAAUGCAGCUUGAACCUAUGAUCUGGUCCGACAUGCUCUUUUGUCUCUCGGCGCGCAACAACUCGCUCGUGGGCUACUACGACUCGGCCCAGCCAAUCGAUGUGAAACAGCAGGGGAUCCCACCGAGCGUCGACCUUGUCUACUGGGACUACUACCACACGUCGGCCACGAGCUACGAGAAACGCAUCAAGAAUCACGAGGACCUGCGUGGUGCCAGCCCUUGGCUCGCCGCUGGCUCUUGGACGUGGUCACGCUUUUGGACUGCUUUGCCGUUCACAUUCCAGACCAUCUCUGCCAACUUGAGAGCGGCUAAGAACUCGCCAGGGGUGAGACACGUCUUCCUCACCAUCUGGGGCGAUGAGGGUAACGAGGUGGAUCUGUGGUCCUCGCUACCCGCGUGGUGUUACUAUGCGGAUCAUGCUUUUUCAGCCAAAUUUUCUUGUGGCGAGCCGGCGGCAAGAGGUGGUGAUGGGGAAGUGGAUGUUUCGCUUCUCAAGAGCAAGUUCGAUGCGAUCGUGGGUGGAGACUGGGACGACUUUGUGCGCGCCUCUGCAAUCGAUGACACCACAAAGGACGGGCUGGACGUGGCCGAGGACGACAAGAUCCAUUUCGCGCCCAACACGAGCAAGUGGAUGUUGUGGAACGACCCAGUGCACAGUUUCGCCGAGCCUACGCUCGUCGCUUCCGGAUUUGACGCUGAACAGCACUACGCGAGCAUCGCCUCGACGCUCAGCGAGCGUGUGGAAGGUGUCACGCUCGAGAACACGCUUCGGAAUCGCGAUUUACUCGUCGUCCGGCCGCGGGCAAAACCUGCAACGGGGCUGUUCACUGCUGCGGCGUCCAGACUUUCCGAAGUCACGGGACUCCAUCGAUCCACCGGUGGUGACGGAGCUCCAAGCACAGUGCGCAUCCUCUCCGACCACCCGUUCAAUGCGCGUCUCGAGCUAGCGCGCCUGGUGGCACAGGUGCUCUCGCUAAAAGCCAAUCUGCGUCAGCGACUGCAUCAAGCGUAUGUGUCGCGCAACUGGCCGCAGCUGCAGCAGCUCAACCGACGCACCGCAAGGUGUCUCGACGCGGCAACCAAGCUCUGGCGCUACCAUCGCGAGAUGUGGAUGUCCAUGUACAAGCCACACGGGUGGGAGACGCUCGAGCUGCGCUACGGCGGCCUCGUGUCGCGGCUGGAUACGCUGCACAGGCGCGUGGGGGCAUUCCUUGAGUACGUGCUGUGUCCUCAUCCUGACGAAGAUCUCGAAGGUGAUGAUGCUUUGCAACAGAGCGCCAGGAGAGCCGAUGUCCUUCUUCCCAAACCCGUUCGCUUCGACGAGGGCGAGUCCGCCGAAAGCUCGAAACGCUCUUCGCUAGACCGGCAGCAGGACGAGGAGGACCACGAGGCUGAAGACGAGGACGACGACUCGAUGCGUUCUGGCGGCAGAACACAGCGGAGCAAGUGGGGUUGGCAGGAGAAAGUAACCAGUCUGCCCGAGCUCGAAAAGCCGCUUCAGUUGGUCUAUGGCAGUGCCGAACAAUUGCUCGACUAUCAUCGGGUGUCUCGCCCUACCUAUUGUUGA